AAGGAAUUAUUUGGAUUCUAUAGGCCUAACAUAAUUUUAUUGUUUAUUUUCUUAUUUAAUUCUUUCUUAAUUCCGUAGUUGGACGAUCCGUCACUUUAAGUAUUUUUUUCUCCAAGAUAUGGACUAUUGGCAUUUCAAUCUAUUCCCGAGACUGAAGAACAGUAAGGACAGUUUCACAAAAUUUAGCCUACAGUAAUUUCAUAGAUUCACUUAAUGAAUUUCCAACAAAAAGCUUUAGGUUAUUCUUUAACCGCCUAUUGAUAUUUUGGCGCAACAUGCUUUUAUCAAAUUAGCAAUUGUUAUAAAACGACCAUAUUGGAGAAGAUGAUCAUAAACUUUCAUCUCCAAUCUUCAAUAAAUACUGCAUGUAUUUAGUUUUCACCUGCCAAAGUCUGCAUGGUGUUACGGGUUAACAAUUCUAAUGUUCUCGUUAAUGAGAGGAAAAGAGACGCAGCCCCCCCUCGACCAUAACCGAGUGAGAAGCCUUUCUUCUCCAGAAUGAGCGCCAGCGGCCCCUCAUACCUGCGGCGGCCGCUGCUGAACGCUCUGUUUGUCUUGGCCUCUUUGCUACCGGGAAGUUGCGCCUGCCCGAAACCAUGCGCGUGUUACGUUCCCAGCGAAGUGCACUGCACCUUCAGAUACCUGACCGCAAUACCGCGCCAGAUCCAGCCGGCUGUGGAACGAAUUAACCUAGGCUACAACAGCAUAACUGAGCUGAGAGAGAGCGAUCUGUCUGGGCUGGUCCACCUGGAGCUUCUCAUGCUUCACAGCAAUACCAUCCACAGCAUCCAAGACAGGGCCUUCCAAGACCUCCAGUCCUUACAGGUCCUGAAGAUGAGCUACAACCAGGUGAGGGAGAUACGCAAGGAGACGUUCAGAGGCCUACAGAGCCUGAUCCGACUCCACAUGGACCACAACCGCAUCGAGUUCCUCCACCCCGAGGCGUUCUACGGCCUGACCGCGCUGCAGCUCGUUCACCUGGAGGGGAACCUCCUCCAGCAGCUCCACCCCGACACCUUUGUGACCCUGAGACACAGCCAGGUGUUCAAGGUGUCCUCCGUCAGGAACAUCCACCUGUCGGACAACGCGCUCUCCAGUCUCCCUGCCGAUGUGUUCUCCGGAUGUGCCCGGCUGGAGAACGUCUUUCUCCAUGGCAACCCGUGGUCAUGUGACUGCCGUAUGGAAUGGUUCCCCAUCUGGGUGCAGAGGAACGCAGGUGUGCUGAAAUGCAAACGGGACAGGAAAUACCCCCGGGGCCAGCUCUGCCCUCUCUGUGAAACCCCGACCCCCUCCCAGGGCAGAGCCAUGGCCCAGCUCCCCAGCGAGGCCUUCUCCUGCUCCAAGCCCUGGAUCCAGUCCCAUCUGAAGCUGAGCAACUUCACCCUGGAGGAGGGCGACUACACCCCUGUCUCCUCCCAGGACUUCAUCGCCCCCAUUGGGUCCCUCCAUAUGAACCUGACGGACCAGUUCCAGAACGACGCCAGCCUGUCCUGUACCGUCCAGAGGCCCUCGGCCAUGGAGGACCUGUCUCUGACUGUGGAGGAGGAGGGGGAGGCUAACGUCACCAUGCUAACCGCUAGCAUCUCCACGUCUCUAGUCUGCAACAUCGAUCACGAACACAUUCAGCCGCUGUGGCGCAUCCUGGCCACCUACAGCGACACGGCCAUGAGGCUGGAGCGGGGCCUGAUGCUGGCCAGGAGCCCGGAGAUGGUGUACCGCUACAGGCAGGUGAGGCCCGACCAGGUGAGGCCCGACCAGGGAGGCGAGGACAUCCAUACAGACGUUGAGGCUGAGGUCAAGGCUUCUCCCGCCUGGCUGAUGCAAGGAGAGGUCAGCUUUCAGCUGGACCGCACCACAACCACUUUCUCCACCCUGCAUAUAAAGUACCAGUCAGUGGUCAACCUGAGGGUGGAGAGCGGACCCCCGAAGAAGGAUCGCUACAGCUGGACCAUGAUCAGACGAGACAACCUGACCAAGACUGAACACGCCGUCCUCAUAGGGGGCAUUGUGGAGCUGAAGUGCCUGACCCUGGGGGAGCCCAGGCCCUCAGUGGAGUGGAUCCUGGCGGACGGCACCAAGGUGCGGGCGCCCUACACCAGCGAGGACCACCGUGUGGUGAUCACGGCCGACGGGAGGCUCAUCCUCCGGGGGGCGGAUGUCUCGGACUCUGGUCUCUACCGCUGCAUCGCCACCAAUUACCUGGAUGCCGACAUGCUCAGCUUCCGGGUCACGGUGCUGUCGUCUGACGUGGAAGAUGCAGAGGUGAACGGGGCCCGGCUCGCUCGGCCACUGGGUCAGGGCCUGGUUCUGGACUGCGGGUCUUCAGGGAACCCCGAGGCCUCCAUCCAGUGGGUUCUACCCGACAACACUGUGCUGGAUAAGUCCAACAACAACCGGAAGCUCUACGAGAACGGAACCCUGGGGAUCCAGCAGCUGACUGGCCAAGACCGAGGGUUCUACAGGUGCCUGGCAGCCAAUCACCUGGGAGCGGACCUGCUGGUGUCACAGGUCACCGUGACGGGUCAGGGAUUGUAUGAAGGGGCGGAGGGGGACGGGGAGGGCUCUGGGGUGGAGGUUGAUCCUAGUGUGCAGGAGGAGGCUGGCAUGUCUCUCAGUGAGACUCCCUCUGACAGGACCAGUCAGGAGUCAAGGACCCUCACCUCAGAUCGGCCCUAUCCCAGACACAGGCCCCACGGCAGGGGGUCUGGGGGCAGGCUGGGAGGACGGAGGAAGGGUUCCGGCAACAGCAGGCAGACUGGGAGCUACAGGAGGGUCUUUGACAAAACCUCCAGGAAAGUGGACCCCCGGAUGUUUGCGGAGUUCAUUAAAAAGGCCCAAAGUGGAUCCCCGGCCAAGACUGACAGGGAUGAGUCCGACCCUGGGAUGUCUGGGGACGGGGAGGAAGGCUCUGCGGAGGGUUUACUUCAGGGAGAGCCUGUUAUGCCACUCAGAACCAUCAAGCCAACAAAGGAAAACACUCACGAUGGCACCAUAGCAACAGCGACUGAGGCUGUGAGCACACAGCAGUUCUACAGUCAAACUGAAUCCAUGGCAACCACAGAGAGCGGUCAGUAUUAUGUUACGACAGACACAGAAAACGGUCAAACCAGUGUCACGGCAACAUCCAGGGAUCCAGACAGACAUCAGCCGAGCUUUACCACGUCAAUGGACACCGCGUACACACAGACAACAGAGUCGCAAACUCAGUCUGAUGCCACACCCAUCAAGUCUACAUUUACCCUUCCACCAGGGGGUGCCACAAAGAGUGUGAACGAUGCAGUCGCUUCACAUGCCACCAGUCCACACCACAGAGAAGCCAGCGAUGCUAUGGAGAGCAAUACGAUCAGCAAGCGCCCCGUCACCCUCCGCCUCACUGUGACCAACACCUCCGACAUCACCCAACUCCUGUUCUCAGGAGACCCCCGCACCGACCCCGAAACAUCCACCUCCAUCUCCGGCAGCGGAACCACCCUGACCUUCCUCACUGACCCCAACGUGACCCCCAUGAUGGACGGUCCUGGGCUCCCCUCGGACCCCAUUGUCCACUCGUCCACAGACCCUGACAGCCAGACCACCUUCACGGCCGUAACGACUACCGAGAGGCAGCAGGAUGAGAUUACCUUCCACACCACCCAGAGGAUCAAGUCCCCACGCCUGCCGGCCGGGUCCACCAUUAUCUCCCGCCAGCAGAUACACAUCAUCCCUCCCAAGAAGGGGGCUCAGGGAGGGGGCCGCAGGAGGGGCCCCGGGAGGAGGAGGAUCAUCAAGCCCAACAGGAUCACUGACAUCCAGUCGUUCCUGGACAAGCUGUCCGGGAGGAAGCAAGGCAACAGAACGGUGCCGUUUAGCGUGGAGCUCACUACAGAGUGUGGUGAAUGUGUGGAUGGCAAGAGGAAGACUAGUGGCCUGACGGAGGAGACAUCAUCCACUGUCACUUCUCCAUACUCUGAGCCCUCCACCACCCAGCCCCCCUCCACCCAGCCCCCCUCCACCCAGCCCCCCUCCACCCAGCCCCCCUCCACCCAGCCCCCCUCCACCCAGCCCCCCUCCACCCAGCCCCAGGCCAGGCUGGAGGUCUCCAGUGGCUACAUUACCUCAGCUGACGCCCCGGAGGCCGACCCCACACCAGAUCCUUACAUGACAGAUGAGCCAGGGACCUCCAGAACCACCACAACCACCACCGCUGCCUCUAAGGUGAUCCGGGGUCGAAUCCCCUGGGACAGGCUGUUUGGUGGCAGGGACAGGAAAAAAGAGAUACUGGAGAGGUUACGCAAGCCAGUCAGACCACCGACUGCCACAGGGAGCUCAAGGACGGUCAAACCAACGACCGCAACAACGACCACAACCACAACCGAGUUGCCCACGGUCGAUGCCCUGUCCGAACCUGUGACCGCCGCUCCCCCAGGGAGAGGGCUGGGGAACCCAGAUGCCUCCUCUGGUGACGACUACGAAGACUCCUUCUCCUCGGACCCGGAGACUCUGCGUUCGACCACAUCCAAGCCUCCCUCUCACUGGAAGACCACUACUCCUUCAGCCAGCACCUCCCUGGAGACUCACACCAUCCCCUCCCCGCCCACUGCCCAGCCCCCCCCUGGAGAGGCCCCCGACGAGGCCUCCUCCUCUGGGUUGGAAUCAGAGGUGUCGGGGCGGUCCCCCUCGCGCCGGUUUGGGGGUAAUCGUAGACCCAACGGAGGAGGGUCAGGGUGGACAAGGAGGGGAUUCAGGGUUAGGAGGCCUUUCAGGAAGUCCACCACAACCACCAAAGCUCCCACCAGCACAACAGAAGCUGCAACCACCAUGGAAACCACCAUGGAAACCACCAUGGAAACCACAAUGGAAACCACCAUGGAAACCACUAUGGAAACCACCAUGGAGACUACAAUGGAAACCACCAUGGAGACCAUGGAAACCACCAUGGAGACUACAAUGGAAACCACCAUGGAAACCACUAUGGAAACCACCAUGGAGACUACAAUGGAAACCACCAUGGAGACCAUGGAAACCACCAUGGAGACCACCAUGGAAACCACCAUGGAGACCCCCAUGGAGACCACUAGAAUGCCUCAGCGCACUGUCUCUGUGUCCAAGCCCCUGUACACGCCCUCCAGAGAGGCUGAGCGGUCAGCCGUGACCGUGUCCACUGACCCCUACUACGACAACUGGAGGGAGCCUUCAACCAGCCGACCACCAGCCUACACCAGACUCCCAACCACCUCUACUACGCCCCACCCCACCACCACAUACAGGCCUUACACCACCACCAGAACUUACAGCAACACCAUCAGGGGGAACAGCAACGCCGGGCCACCCCCAGGCAGAGAGGGCGGGCGGCCCACACAGAGGACGCUGAUCCAAAGACCCAGGCCCACCGUGUCCAUUAGACCAAGAGGACAAGAAGAAAAGACCAUGAUCUUCGACACCCUGAUGGUCCUGACAGCUGAGCAGGGCCACAGCAGCACCCAGCGGCCCUACAGCAGGCAGGACAUAGACAACACCAUCUCCAACGCCUACAACCAUCUCACUGGAUACGAGACCACCACGUCUAACAUCGUGGGCUUUGAGCCUUCCACGGACAGCCUGCUCAGCAAGCCCAGGAUAGUGGGGGGCAACGCCGCCAGUUACACCGUCCUCUCCAACUCCAACGCCUUCCUGCCCUGUGAGACGACAGGCAACCCUGAGCCGUCCAUCAGCUGGAAGAGGUUCUCCUCAAGCACAGGGAGCACGAUAACAAUCACAGGGCGGAUGGGAAAGUUUGAGGUGUUCAAGAAUGGUACCCUGUCCAUCCAGAACGCCAACAUCAAGGACCGCGGUCAGUACCUGUGCUUGGCGGAGAAUCCCCAGGGCUCCACCAAGCUACUGGUCAUGCUGUCGGUGGUGGCCUACCCCUCCCGCAUCCUGGAGCCCCACUUGAGGGAGAUCCAGUCCCACUCAGGGGGGAAGGUGGAGAUGACGUGCAAGACAGAGGGUCGGCCCUCUCCGCUGGUGUCCUGGAUCCUGGCUAACCGCACGCAGGUCAGAGGUCACCACUUCAACCAGGACAGGGUGUGGGUGACCCCGGACGGCACCCUGGUCAUCCAGCAUGUGACCGUCUAUGAUCGGGGUCACUACAAGUGCAUCGCGAGCAACCCGGCGGGUGCAGACACGGCCACGGUCAGACUGCAGGUGGUGGCAGCGCCCCCUGGUAUCUUGGAGGACAAGCGGCAGCAGGUGAAAGCAGAGGCGGGCCAGGACCUGUGGCUGGCCUGCACCGGCCAGGGCAGCCCUCAGCCCACGGUGCACUGGGUGCUGUUUGACGGCUCUGUGAUCCGUCCCCGAAGGACCUCUCCUGACCCCAGGGUGUCUGUGUUCCUAAACGGGACCCUCCUAUUGGAGGACGUGGCGGUCACGGACGGCGGGAAGUACGAGUGCAUCGCCACCAGCUCCACGGGCUCGGAGCGUCGCGUGGUUACCCUGGCGAUAGAUAAGAGGGAGGCGGCGCCCCGGAUCGUGGAGGCGUCGCGGCGCAGGACGGAGCUGGAGUACGGAGACCAGCUGAGGAUGAACUGCUCGGCCAGCGGAGACCCCAAACCCUCCAUCAUCUGGAGACUGCCCUCCAAGGCUGUGGUGCAACAGAAGCACAGAAUGGGUAGCAGGAUUCAGGUCCUGGACAACGGCACCCUGAUCAUCAACACUGUCAACGACAAGGACUCCGGAGACUACCUGUGCGUGGCCCGCAACGCGAUCGGUGACGACCUCCAGCUGAUGAAGGUCUACGUGUCCAUGAAGCCUGCCAGGAUCGAGCCCAAGGUGUACGGCAAGAAGCAGGUGCCGUAUGGGAACGACCUGAGGGUGGACUGCAAGGCUUCCGGGGCACCAGAGCCAGAGAUCUCCUGGGGGCUCCCCGACGGCACACUGGUCAACAGCGCCCUGCAGUCCGACAGCAGCGGGGGAGGAGGGCGAUCAAAGCGCUUCAUCCUGUUUGAUAACGGGACUCUCUACCUGAACCAGGUGGGCAUCUCGGAGGAGGGCGACUACACUUGCUACGCCGAGAACCAUCUGGGGAAGGACGAGAUGCACGUCCACAUCACCGUGCUCACGGCCGCCCCGCGGAUACGCACACCCAGCAGGACAUACGCCAAGGUGGCGCCCGGAGACAACAUCCGCUUCGACUGCGAGGCAGCCGGCGAGCCCAAACCCAAGAUCCUGUGGAUGCUGCCGACCAACGACAUGAUCGCAGCCUCCAACGAGCGCUACCUCAUGCAUGUGAACGGCUCGCUGGACAUCAGAGACGCCAAGCCGGUGGACGCCGGUGAGUACGUAUGUAUGGCCCGCAACACAGCCGGGGACGACAGCAAGGUGUACAAGCUGGACGUCGACGGGAACCCUCCGGUGAUCAACGGAUACUACCGGAACAGGACAGUGGUGAAGGACACCGCCGCCAAAUAUUCCAGGAAGCUAAUUGACUGCAAAGCCGAGGGAGACCCGCCCCCGAAGAUCACCUGGAUCAUGCCGGACAACAUCUUCCUCACGGCUCCGUACUACGGCAGCAGGAUCGUCGUGCACCCCAACGGGACGCUGGAGUUCCGGAACGUGCGUCCGACGGACACAGCGGAGUUCAUCUGCAUGGCGAGGAACGAUGGUGGGGAGGCGGUGAUGGCGGUGCAGCUGGAGGUCACGACCUCGCUCAGACGGCCCAUCUUCAAGAACCCCUUCAACGAGCGUGUCGUGACCCGCACGGGGAAAACCACCGUGCUCAACUGCUCCGCCGACGGACACCCCGCCCCGGAGAUCACCUGGCUGCUGCCGAACGGAAGCCGCUUCGACCCCGGCCCCGAGCGCGGCCCACGGCAUCACCAGGGCAAUGACGGCACUUUCGUCAUCUACAACCCCAGCAAGGAGGAUGCUGGGAAGUAUCGUUGCUCCGCCAAGAACUCCAUCGGCUACAUCGAGAAGCUGAUUGUCCUGGAGGUGGGGCAGAAGCCGUACAUCCUCACCCGCCCCCGGGGGAUCAUCCGCAGCGUGUCUGGGGACCCCCUCUUCCUGCACUGUCUGGCAGACGGCAGUCCCAGGCCCAGCAUAUUCUGGACGGUCCCAGGAGGCCACACCCUGGCCCGGCCGCAGGUCCAGGGCCGGCACCAGCUGAUGGAGAAUGGCACCCUGGUGGUGAAGGACACCACCCUCCACGACCGGGGGAACUACGUCUGCCGGGCGAGGAACGAGGCCGGUGAGGCUGUCCUCACCGUCCCGGUCAUCAUCAUCGCCUACCCACCACGCAUCACCACAGGCCCGCCCCCCACCGUGAGGGCGGCGGCUGGGGCGCCUGUCCAGCUCAUCUGCGCCGCCAUCGGGAUUCCCAAGCCGGAGGUGUCCUGGGAGCUUCCUGAUCACUCGGUGCUGUCGGCCGCUAGCCAGGGGCGUCCUCGGGGCAGCGAGCUGCUACACCCCCAGGGAACCCUCAUCAUCCAGAGGCCCACCACCUCAGACUCCGGACCCUACAAGUGCCGGGCCAAGAAUCACCUGGGCUCAGACACGCGGGUCACAUACCUGAGGGUGCUGUGAGAGACAGGCUGAGGAGGAGGGUGGACACAAAGUAUGGAGUAUGGAUAAUGUGUGGAUAUAUAGUGUGGAUAUAGAGUGUGGAUAUAGAGUGUGGAUUAGGAGUGUGGGUAUAGAGUGUGGAUUAGGAGUGUGGCUAUAGAGUGUGGAUUAGGAGUGUGGAUAUACCAGUAUGGACACGCCAGUAUAAAAACUAUGAACAGCCAAGAACCUGCUCCAGUGCUUUUCUUUCAGUGUCUCCUGUAUUAUACACUAUGUUUCCAGAGUGGACUUGUUUUCCGUGUGUGGAUCUGUGAGGAUCAGAGCUCGUGGAACAGUUGGACUGGAUCGCUUCUACUCUCCCGGCGAACGAAAGGAAUGAACAAAGGCACGAGGGAAAGGAGGACAAACUGUACAGAGAAGGCCCUGUUCUCUGCCAGGAACUCUGGGAAGGCGAGAGCUGUUAUUCUUGUCAUAAGGUGGAAGUCAGGGGUCUGGAAACCUCAGAGUGGUUUUCAUUUGGACUGUUUAUUAAGAGGAGGGCCGGACGGCCAAGCUACGGCGUUUUCUUCCAGACGCUGC